CGCCUCCUUCCUACCCCCAGCCCGCUUUAUUACUCAUAAACUCGUUUGCUUAUUUUACUCUAAAAUCCCAAACACCACAAUUUUUUAAAUUAUAAAAAAAUGAUAAUAAAAUAAAAAAAUAAACAAAAUGCGAGCCCAAAGGACAAAGCAGAUGCGUAUAUAUAUAAAAUCCAUCUCCCUGCAAUCAUUUUAGCCUUUUUCUUCUAUCCCCCAGAGGCCCCAUCUUGCUUUCUCUCUCUACAAAUCUGUAGAUUGAAUUUGUGCUGGUUUUUAUACUCCCGUUGAUUCUAGAUUUACUGAUUUUUCAUUUGAGAAUCGAAUUCUUUUAGGUUUUGUCGGUGGGAUUUGUAGAUCGGAGAGGAUGGUCGAGACGCGGCGGAGCUCGUCGGCCUCCAAGCGGCCCCUUGCUUCUUCACCAUCGUUGCCCAACGGAAAGCGAUCCAAGGCGGCGGAAGAUUCUUCGUCCACGAACGAAUCGCCGGCGACCGAAGAAGUGGUGGGCGCGGAGGUUCCCAAAGAAUUGGAUGCCGGAUCGGCUGAUCUGGAUAACAGCGACCGCUUGAAGCCGUCGGAUGAUUUGGGGGCGGAGAAAUCGCCGGAGGAUGUGGCGGUGGAAGUGGAUGCAGGGGAUUCCUUGAUGGAUGUGGAGAAGGAGAAGCCAAGUAGACCUCCUCUGAAUCGCGGGAAGAAGUGGCAACUGAAGUCCAACGCUGGUGCUGCAUGGGGAAAACUUCUUUCCCAGUGUUCACAGAAUCCGCAUGUUGUCAUGAAUCGUCCUACUUUCACUGUUGGUCAAGGCCGCCAAUGUGACUUGUCGGUGAGAGAUCCAAGAGUUGGCAAAUCAUUGUGUAAUCUGAAGCACAUGGCAUCGGAGCAACUCCCGAACAGCAGUGAACCAGAAACACCUGUUCCGCCUUCAGUCGGUAUAUUAGAAGCUCAUGCUGAGCCUCUGAAAGGAUUACAUAUCGAGGCAAGAUCAGGUGAUCCUUCUGCUGUUGCAGUUGCAUCAACUCUGGCCUCACUGUCACAUCUCAGUAAAGAAUUAGCCCUUAUUCCUCCAUCCCCCGGAACUGGUGAAGAUGCACAACAAGGUUCGGAAAUACCAUCUCUACCCUUGGCUUGUGAAUUGUCAGACAACUGCGCUGUUGACGCCGAUAUGAAGGAGGUUGCCUCUGUUGAGAAGACAGGUGCUCCAUCUCCUGAUGAUGUUGCCAAUGAAAAUUUAAAUGUUGGUGCUGGGGUUGGGAAGAUUGUAGGAGAAAAUAAUGAAUUGAAACAAGUUUUGCAAAUUGUGGCAGCAGUUAGGAAAGCUCCUGUGUAUGAUGUAACUGGUGGGGGCUUGACUAGACCUCUUGAGGAGCACAGGAAAGUCCGAAAUCAACUAAAAGGUUCUUCUAGUCCUCACAUGUCAAUGUCAAGACAUCAAGAAUUCAGAGACAGUUUGCAACAACGACUUGUAGAUGGAAAAGAUAUUGAUGUUUCAUUCGAAAAUUUUCCAUAUUAUUUAAGUGAGACCACAAAGAAUGUACUUAUUGCCUCAACAUACAUACAUUUGAAGUGCAACAACUUUGCGAGGUUCACCUCAGAUCUCCCUUCACUGUGUCCCCGGAUAUUGUUGUCUGGGCCUGAAGGUUCAGAAAUAUAUCAGGAAACAUUGACGAAAGCACUUGCUAAACAUUUUGGUGCGAGGCUCCUAAUAAUUGAUUCUGCCAUUUUACCUUGUACAUAUGUCCAGGGACCUGUAUCAAAGGAAGUUGAUUCUUUCAAGGAAAAACUAAAGGCUGAGAGAGCUAGUGUUUAUGCCAAACGGACUGCUUCUCCAUUACAUCAUCUUAAGAAACCAGCAUCAAGUGUUGAAGCUAGUAUUACUGGGUUUUCUGCUGUAACCUCUCGUGUUCAGCCUAAGCAGGAAGCAUCUACUGCUUCAUCAAAAGCCUACAUUUUUAGACAAGGUGACCGCGUCAAGUAUGUGGGUUUGGGUUCUUUGCCCAUCGCAUUUACUCAUCGAAAUCCAAUAAGGGGUCCAACUUAUGGUUUCAGAGGCAAGGUGGUACUUGCUUUUGAAGAAAAUGGCUCCUCUAAAAUCGGGGUCAGAUUUGAUAAAACAAUUCCAGAUGGCAAUGAUCUUGGAGGCCUCUGUGAAAAAGAUCACGGUUUCUUCUGUGCUGCUGACUUGUUACGUCUUGAUAACUCCACUGGUGACGACUUUGACAUUCUUGCCAUACAUGAGGUCUUUGAGGCCGUGUCCAAGGAAAGUAAAAGCAGUCCAUUUAUAUUGUUCAUGAAAGACACCGAGAAAUCCAUGGUUGGAAGCCCAGAAGCCUAUGCGACCUUCAAAAUUAAGCUUGAGAGUCUUCCAGCUAAUGUUGUUGUGAUAGCUUCACACACUCAGGCUGACAGCCGCAAAGAUAAACUUCAUCCUGGCGGAUUGCUUUUCACGAAAUUCGGGAGCAACCAUACUGCAUUACUCGACCUUGCAUUCCCGGACGCUCUCGGUAAAUUGCAUGAUAAAAGUAAAGAAACUCCGAAGACGUUGAAGCAGCUCUGCCGUCUUUUCCCAAACAAAGUGACCAUACAGAUUCCUCAGGAUGAAACAGAGUUAGUUGGCUGGAAACAAAAGUUGGAUCGAGAUGUUGAAACAAUGAAGUCACAAUCCAACAUUGCCAGCAUUCGCUCAGUUCUAAAUCGGCUAGGCGUUGAUUGCCCUGAUCUGGAUAUGUUAUCAAUUAAAGACCAAGCUUUAACUAGUGAAAGUGUUGAAAAAAUUCUUGGAUGGGCUUUGAGUCAUCACUUUAUGCAUACAUCUGAAUCUUAUCUUGGAGAGUCGAAAUUUGUUCUCUCGAGUGAAAGUAUCAGAUAUGGGUUCGACAUGUUGGAGGACAUUCAAAAUGAGAACAAGAGUUCAAAGAAAUCUCUGAAGGAUGUUGUCACUGAAAAUGAUUUUGAGAAAAAGCUCCUUGCCGAGGUCAUUCCACCUGGCGAUAUUGGAGUUAGUUUUGAUGAUAUUGGGGCAUUGGAAAACGUGAAGGAGACUCUGAAGGAACUGGUGAUGCUUCCUCUGCAAAGGCCAGAGUUAUUUAGCAAAGGACAGCUCACAAAACCGACUAAAGGAAUACUGCUGUUUGGGCCACCUGGUACGGGUAAAACAAUGCUUGCGAAAGCUGUGGCAACUGAAGCUGGGGCCAACUUUAUCAACAUAUCAAUGUCGACCAUCUCAUCAAAAUGGUUUGGGGAAGGAGAGAAAUAUGUGAAAGCGGUAUUCAGUUUAGCAAGCAAGAUAUCUCCAAGUGUUAUUUUUGUUGAUGAGGUUGACAGCAUGUUAGGAAGAAGGGAAAACCCAGGAGAACAUGAAGCAAUGCGUAAAAUGAAGAAUGAGUUUAUGGUGAACUGGGACGGUUUGCGUACAAAGGACAAGGAAAGAGUUCUCGUACUUGCAGCCACUAAUAGGCCUUUUGAUCUUGAUGAAGCUGUAAUCCGUAGGCUUCCCAGGAGGCUGAUGGUCAAUCUGCCAGAUGCUCAAAACCGUGCUAAAAUCUUGAAGGUGAUCUUAGCCAAGGAAGAAUUGGCUCCCAAUGUUGACCUUGAAGUUGUUGCUAACAUGACCGAAGGGUAUUCAGGAAGUGAUUUAAAGAAUCUUUGUGUUACGGCUGCACAUUGUCCCAUAAGAGAAAUUCUGGAGAAGGAGAAGAAGGAGAAAGCCUUGGCACUGCAGGAGAAUAGGCCACUGCCUGAGUUGCAUAGCAGUGCCGAUGUUCGUCACUUGAGUAUGGACGACUUUAAAUAUGCGCACGAACAGGUUUGUGCUAGCGUUUCAUCAGAAUCACAAAACAUGAACGAGCUUCUCCAGUGGAACGAACUAUACGGGGAAGGUGGAUCAAGAAAGAAAGAAUCACUGAGCUAUUUCAUGUAGAUGAGAUGAUAUAAUAAACACCGAAAGUAAAGCUAAGAGAUGUUUAGGUCAUUUUUUCGUCUUUCAAUUUCCUUUUUCUUUUUGUAUCCGAAGAUGGUCUGGGACUGUACUCGUCCACUCUCUCUCUCUCUCUCUCCACCCCAAAACUACAUGGUCCAGAUGUAUCAUAUAAAUAUUUAGUUGAUUGGCAUUAUUUAACCACCAGAUAAGAAGCAUGUAUAAAAAAGCUGUAACCUUGCUGUUCAUGUCUCUACUGUGUGAGUUUAAGAGUGAUUCUGACAACUCUUUAUAUAUAUUUCUUUGGGCUUCUUUCGUCCGUACCGAAUAAUAUUCGAGUAGAACAUUAUUGUGAUAUGCUAUCCAAUGUACUUAUAACCCAGUGUUUUGUAUUUAGAGAUGCAUUGUAGAAAAACUUUUCCCUUUGGACAUAUUUUACUGUAACGUCAGAUUUAAAUAUUUCCAUUUUCCUUAAAACACUGAAUUAGAAAACUUUGACCAUGUAUGGUUUU